CAGAACAGGAACUGCGCCCUCAUGGCUGAAGUGAAGGUGAAGGUGCAGCCGCCUGACGCGGAUCCCGUCGAAAUAGAAAACGGGAUUAUAGAAUUAUGCCAGCAGUUCCCUCAUGGAAUCACAGACCAGGUGAUUCAGAAUGAAAUGCCUCAUAUAGAAGCCCAGCAGCGGGCCGUGGCCAUCAAUAGACUCCUGUCCAUGGGUCAAUUGGAUCUCUUAAGGAGUAAUACAGGCCUUUUAUAUAGAAUAAAGGACUCUCAGAAUGCUGGCAAGAUGAAGGGAUCGGACAACCAAGAAAAACUAGUAUAUCAAAUCACAGAGGAUGCAGGAAAUAAAGGAAUAUGGAGCAGAGAUAUCCGAUAUAAAAGUAACCUGCCAUUAACAGAAAUCAAUAAAAUACUUAAAAAUUUGGAAAGUAAAAAGCUAAUCAAAGCUGUUAAAUCUGUAGCAGCUUCAAAAAAGGUGUACAUGCUCUAUAACCUGCAACCAGACCAGUCCGUGACUGGGGGAGCCUGGUACAGUGACCAGGAUUUUGAAUCUGAAUUUGUAGAGGUGCUUAACCAACAGUGUUUUAAGUUUCUACAAAGCAAGGCAGGAACAGCACGAGAAAGCAAACAGAAUCCGAUGAUACAAAGGAAUAGUUCAUUUGCUUCUUCACAUGAAGUGUGGAAAUACAUCUGCGAACUGGGAAUCCGUAAGGUAGAAUUGUAUGAGGACAUUGAAACCAUCUUGAAUACCCUCAUUUAUGAUGGGAAAGUGGAGAUGACUAUCAUCGUGGCAAAAGGCACAGUUGGCAGCAUGGACGGACACAUGAAGUUGUACCGGGCAGUCAGUGCAAUCAUCCUGCCCGCAGGUUUGGUCCAGGCACCUUGUGGCCUCUGCCCGGUUUUUGAUGACUGCCAUGAAGGUGGUGAGAUUUCACCAUCUAAUUGUAUUUACAUGACAGAGUGGCUCGAAUUUUAAUGGAGAGCUAUGAACUUGACUGACAUUUUGCAAGUGAAGUUACUUUGGGAGCAGAUAACUGAAUUCAUGAAGAAACAUGAAGUUUCCUUGAAAGCAAACUUCACAGUAAUGGAU